UUCAAACUUCACCUGCCAAACAGAAGGGGCCUGCUGGGCUUCCGUUAUGUUAACGGAUGGGAAAGAACAGGUGAUCAAGUCCUGCGUGUCCCUCCCAGAACUCAGUGCUCAAGUCUUCUGCCACAGUUCCAACAACGUCACCAGAACGGAAUGCUGCUUCACGGAUUUCUGUAACAACAUAACCCUGCAUCUGCCGACAGGUCUGCCUCUUUUGGUUCAAAGAACAAUCGCACGGACAAUUGUACUUCAGGAAAUAGUGGGGAAAGGGAAAUUUGGUGAGGUGUGGCAUGGAAGAUGGUGUGGGGAAGACGUGGCUGUGAAAAUCUUCUCCUCCAGAGAUGAAAGAUCUUGGUUUCGUGAGGCAGAAAUUUACCAGACUGUUAUGCUGCGACAUGAAAACAUCCUUGGUUUCAUUGCUGCUGACAACAAAGAUAAUGGAACUUGGACUCAACUUUGGCUUGUGUCAGAAUAUCAUGAACAGGGAUCUUUGUAUGACUAUUUGAACAGAAACAUAGUGACAGUGUCUGGGAUGAUUAAGCUGGCACUUUCAAUAGCUAGCGGGCUGGCGCACCUGCACAUGGAGAUUCUUGGUACCCAAGGCAAGCCUGCUAUUGCUCAUCGAGAUAUAAAAUCAAAAAAUAUCUUAGUGAAAAAAUGUGAAACUUGUGCCAUAGCUGACUUAGGGCUGGCUGUGAGGCAUGAUUCAGUACUGAACGCCAUUGACAUACCUCAGAAUCCUAAAGUGGGAACCAAGAGGUACAUGGCUCCUGAAGUGCUCGAUGAGACCAUAAAUGUGAAUAUCUUUGAGUCCUUCAAACGUGCUGACAUUUACUCCAUUGGUCUGGUCUAUUGGGAAAUAGCCCGUAGGUGCUCAGUUGGAGGAAUUGUAGAAGACUACCAGUUGCCUUAUUAUGACUUGGUGCCUUCAGAUCCCUCAUUAGAGGAAAUGAGAAAAGUCGUCUGUGACCAGAAACUUCGACCAAAUAUCCCGAACCAAUGGCAGAGCUGUGAAGCACUCCGAGUCAUGGGGAGAAUAAUGCGGGAAUGUUGGUAUGCCAACGGGGCAGCUCGCCUCACUGCCCUCCGUAUUAAGAAGACGAUUUCUCAGCUUUGCACCAAGGACGACGGCAAAGCCUCGGACUGAACGUGUUCCGAAGGCCUCGCUCACAGCUUUCAUGCCCAGGUCCCUUCUCAUGUGAAUAGUUCGCCCUUUUGUUUUUCGUUCUACCUCAGAGAUCAUUCAGUGCAGUAUUUAAGUGCCCUCAGGCAGCACGAAAACCUAACUCUAAAGUUGAACAUGGGAUGAUGUUAUCUAAUCCCCAUGUUAUCUUUACACUUAUUUUAAAG